GCUCGGGCUUGCGAGGCGCUGAGGUCGCUGGAGAGCGAGGGGGUCCAGCUCCCGCCGGGCCCCGGUCUGCUGUGGCGCUGUCCGCCUGGACGAGACCCAGCCGCCCAGCCCAGAGCCUCCCGGAGUUGGCCUUCGGUGCAGGUGCUGGCAGGCAGCGCGGCCGAACGGCACGGUCGUCCAGCAGGCGCCCAGGCGUCGCAGGGCGUCACCGGCGCUGCGCUCCGGCUGGAGCUGCGCGCCGGCCUGGGGACGUGGCUGUCGAGAAGAACUCUGAGUGCCUUCGCGUGUGCGGUGUUACCGGCCGGGUGCUCGGGCCAGGUGGCUGGGACAGCGGAGACAACAGCGGUGGCGCCUUCAGUAGCCGGGGCCCCAACCUGUAGGGAAGGUCCGUGCACCGCCUUAAUAGAGAAGAGCACCAGCCUUGCAGGAGAGAAGUACAGUGACGUUUAAAAUACCUUGGAAAGGGGAAGGAAAAACAGGUCCUCUGUUGCCUUUGUGGUGUACUACGACAUUUUUUUCUGACCCCCGAUUCAGUCCUUUGAAUGUUCUUUGACAACAACUUAAGGAUACCUAAUUUUUUAAUGGCAGCGUCUCGGUUCGAGCGACAACUGCUGUCUCCUGGGGGCACAGCCGCACCAAGCCCUGCUUUAGAGGCGACACUUGCCUACAGUAUCAAGACUGCCUCCUGCUAUUUUUCCGCCUUUCAUCUCCACAGGGAAUUACUCUUUCCCCGUUAUCAGCUGGACUACAUUUCCUAUUCUCUUUAACUUUGCUCAUCAAAAAGAAAUGCAGAUACUCAAAGUCAAGAAAAUAAGCUUUGUUUUUAUCAUAUUCACAUUUUCCCCAUCUUUACUGCAACUCACAUCUCCAUGAAAACUAUGACGCGACAAAAAUUGAAGUUGCAGAUAGAGUAAGUCACUGUGACUUGUUUUUCUUCUAUCUAUGCAAGUAGUGGUUUGCAGACAGCAUAGCAGUGUCCUCUCAAUGGAAAGUACCGUUUGAUCGAGGGCCUUAAGAUCAAUGGCAGUUCCUGGUCUCAUUCUGUCGGAACUUCAGAGCAGAUACUGACAGACUUCCGGAUUCCAUGGUGACUUACCUGGUCUCCACUGUACCUUUCCAGCUCCCAAGCUGGCACAACUUGAAUCAGAAAGUAGCAGCAGCAGCAGGAGGUCCUGAAUGGCUUGGAAGAAGCUUAACGGGAUGGGUGCAGCGAACUUUCCAGAGCACCCAGGCAGCUACGGCUUCCUCCCAGAACUCCUGUGCAGCUGACGACAAGGCCACUGACCCUCUGCCCAAGGACUGCCCUGUCUCUUCUUACAACGAAUGGGACCCCUUAGAGGAAGUGAUAGUGGGCAGAGCAGAAAACGCCUGUGUCCCACCGUUCACUGUGGAGGUGAAGGCCAACACAUAUGAAAAGUACUGGCCAUUUUACCAGAAGCAUGGAGGCAAUUAUUUUCCCAAAGAACAUUUGAAAAAGGCCGUUGCUGAAAUUGAAGAAAUGUGCAAUAUUUUAAAAAGGGAAGGAGUGACAGUAAGGAGGCCUGACCCUGUUGACUGGUCGCUGACGUAUAAAACUCCUGAUUUUGAGUCUACGGGUUUAUAUGGUGCGAUGCCUCGAGACAUCCUGAUAGUUGUGGGAAACGAGAUUAUCGAGGCGCCCAUGGCAUGGCGCGCACGCUUCUUUGAGUACCGUGCCUAUCGGUCAAUCAUCAAAGACUACUUCCAGCGUGGCGCCAAGUGGACAACAGCUCCUAAGCCCACGAUGGCUGAUGAGCUUUAUGACCAAAAUUACCCCAUCGAUUCCGUGGCAGACAGACACAAAUUGGCUGCUCAGGGAAAAUUUGUGACGACCGAAUUCGAGCCAUGCUUUGAUGCUGCUGACUUCAUUCGAGCUGGAAGAGAUAUCUUUGCACAGAGAAGCCAGGUUACAAACCAGCUGGGCAUUGAGUGGCUGCGUCGGCAUCUGGCCCCGGACUACAGAGUACACGUCAUCUCCUUUAAGGACCCCAACCCGAUGCACAUUGAUGCCACCUUCAACAUCAUCGGGCCUGGCCUCGUGCUGUCCAACCCCGACAGACCAUGUCACCAGAUUGAUCUUUUCAAGAAAGCAGGAUGGACCAUAGUUACUCCUCCAAUACCAGUCAUCCCAGAUGACCACCCACUCUGGAUGUCAUCCAAAUGGCUGUCCAUGAAUGUCUUAAUGCUGGAUGAAAAGCGUGUUAUGGUGGACGCCAACGAAGUCCCAACGCAAAAGAUGUUCGAAAAGCUGGGUAUCAGCACCAUUAAGGUUAACAUUCGUCACGCCAACUCCCUGGGAGGAGGCUUCCACUGCUGGACCUGCGAUGUCCGCCGCCGAGGCACCCUGCAGUCCUACUUUGACUGACAGGCCAGAGGGAGCUUAUGGCUUGGUCUCAAACCAGGAAGCUUAGGGGCAAGGUUGACUCUCCUGCUUUAAAAAGUGCAUUAACUUUAGUGCUUUAUACAAUCAUAUCCAUAACAGGGGUCUUAAGCCUGGUUUAUUUUUGUUAACUUUUCUUUGAUAUAAGGAAAAUAACUUGUGUUAGGUCUUACUCUCUACUUCUAAAGUCACUUACUACUUGGCUUCAAGUGUAAAACUUUGAUGGAUGUGUACCAAAGCAAAAAUUAGUCACCUGAGUAACUUGGCCACUAAUAUUUAACCAUCUACCUCUGUUUUUAAUUUUUUUUCCAGAGGCAGCUUGAAAUGUUGGUCCUAAUCUUAAUUUUCUUCUUCCUGUUUGGUAGAUUGUGAAUGUUCUGUAGCGCUUCUUUUUUCUAAAUGAGACAAAGACUUAGAACGUACACAGAUCUUAAGUGGAAUCAGGUAAUUGUCUCCUUUUCUAAUAAGAAAUUUUGGUAAUUUUUAGUUUUUUGUUUUUAAAACAAAAAAAUAACGUAGACGAUGCAAACGUUUAAGUGAAUUUUCCAUGAAUGUUUUUAAUAUGCUCAUCUCAGCGUUGGUGAUAUUUGCUACUAAAAACAUUUUCAUACAACUUAACUCAUUUCACGUGAAUUAUUUUAACCUAUUUUUUUCUCUUUACAAAAUUCUAUAGAAAUGUUUAGUGCAAUAGGAUAUAAAUGUCAGUUCCUGUCUUGGGCUGGGUUCUCCAGAUAAGCAAAAUAAGUAAUAAGUGAAGUAUGUAUAUGUGUAUAGAGAGAGAGAGAAAUUUAGGAAAUCAUAAAAUGGAAAUUUAAGGAAAUGGCUCACAUGGUUGUAGAGGCUGGCACGUCCCAAGUCUGUGGGUCAGGCUGGAGGCUUCUCCUGACUCACAUAGCUGCAGGGGCCGAC